GAGACGCUAGCUGAAGCUAGCUGGCUAGCAGGUCACGUUAGCUAGCUAAACAUCACAGAGCGAGCGAUGGCGUCCCUCGCGAUGGACACCACGUAAAUACACAACGACGCAUACGGUACGGUCGGUGUGUCCUCGUGUGUCGUUAACGGUGCUUUGCAGGAGUAGCGUGCAGAACAACAACAACAGCAGCAGCGUGUCGUUAUGGCGACCGGGAGCGGCGGCAGCUUAGCGUCAAACCAUGACGGGCAGGAGGCAGCCUCCAACCAGCCGGUUCAGCCGGUUCAGUCGGUUCAGUCUGGCGCUGCAGCGAUAGCGGUGCUGCUCUCCAACGUGCCAGCCUCCGGCUCCGGUCCCUCCGGUCCCUCCGGUCCCCGGUCCGCCUCCCCGCCGCCGGUCCUCGGCUUGCACCGGGAGCCCAUGUACAACUGGCAGGCGACGAAGAGCUCCCUGAAGGAGCGCUUCGCUUUCCUCUUCAACAACGAGCUGCUCAGCGACGUCAGGUUCAUCGUGGGGAAGGGCAGGCAGGCCCAGAGGAUACCGGCCCACCGGUUCGUCCUGGCGGCCGGCAGCGCCGUGUUUGAUGCCAUGUUCAACGGAGGCAUGGCCACGACCUCGGCGGAGAUAGAGCUGCCCGAUGUGGAGCCUGCAGCCUUCCUCGCACUGCUCAGGUUCUUGUAUUCUGACGAGGUCCACAUUGGUCCGGAGACUGUGAUGACGACUCUGUACACGGCUAAGAAGUACGCGGUCCCCGCUCUGGAGAGUCACUGUGUGGAGUUCCUCACCAAGCACCUCCGAGCCGACAACGCGUUCAUGCUCCUCACUCAGGCAAGGUUAUUUGAUGAGCCUCAACUUGCCAGUCUCUGCCUAGACACCAUAGACAAAAGCACUGCAGACGCAAUAAACGCUGAGGGCUUCACAGAUAUUGACCUCGACACCUUAUGUGCAGUGCUACAAAGAGACACACUCAGCAUCAGGGAGAACCGCUUAUUUGGGGCGGUGGUACGCUGGGCAGAGGCCGAGUGUUACAGACAACAGCUUCCCCCGACCUCGGAGAACAAACAGAAGGUUCUGGGGAAAGCGCUCCCGCUCAUCCGCUUCCCGCUCAUGACUGUUGAGGAGUUUGCUGCAGGGCCUGCCCAGUCUGGAAUAUUGUUCGAUCGGGAGGUGGUAAAUCUGUUUUUACACUUUACAGUAAACCCCAAACCACGGGUCGACUACAUCGACAGGCCGCGCUGCUGCCUCAGGGGGGAGGAGUGCAGCAUUAAUAGAUUCCAGCAGGUUGAGAGUCGAUGGGGGUACAGUGGUACCAGCGACAGAAUCAGAUUCAAUGUUAACAAAAGAAUAUCCAUAGUGGGUUUUGGCUUGUAUGGUUCAAUACAUGGACCGACUGACUAUCAGGUCAACAUACAGAUCUUAGAGAGCGACAAACGCAUUACACUGGGGUCGAACGACACAGGCUUCAACUGUGACGGCACAGCAAACACGUUCAGAGUGAUGUUCAAAGAGCCUGUGGAAAUCCUCCCCAAUGUCAGCUACACUGCAUGUGCCACCUUAAAGGGCCCAGACUCCCAUUAUGGCACAAAAGGGUUGAAGAAAGUGACCCAGGAAACAGUUACGGGGUCCAAGACGACAUUUUUGUUUUUUAGCUCACCAGGAAAUAACAACGGUACAUCAGUGGAGGACGGGCAGAUACCAGAGAUCAUCUACUACAACUAGACUGAACACGGUGUCAUGCAGGUACACUGAACCAGAGAGACCUCAGACUGCCACGAAGACUGGACUGCUGGACAUAAAUGUAGUGCCUCAUGACCCCUUGGAAUAACGAAUGUGUGUGUUUGAGAGAGAGAGUGUGUGUAUAUAUGCUGUAUGUGCGUUAUCUGUCUAUACAAUAGUGGUGUACAGACAUGAUCAAGAAUGUGGAAACAAGUGUGAAAAACAGCUUUUUGGGUAUAAACUGUAUCAUCAGUUGUAAAUGAUGUGAAUACUGAUGUCCUGUCUGUGUGUUGUUAUCAGUCAGCUGCCAGUGCAGGGGUUCAUCCUGCACCAGUGAAACUAGAGAGACAGCUACCAUUUGUUGGUCGGCACCAUUUCAUUUUAUUCUCUCAGUUUUUGCUGAUGCAUUUACCGGAAGUAUAAUAUUUGCAUAUUUUUUAUUGUGCACUGUUCUCAUUUAUUCAGCAGGUGUCUUCAAGUACUUUGUUUUUGCAUUGUAUGAAGGAUCCAUGUGUGUUAUGUAACUUCGCCAGUGGUACAUGCUGUAAUUUAUGACUUCAUGUUUGCUUAGCACUUCAUUAAAAUGAGAAAAGAACACUAGAAGAGCGCUCCAGGACUUAUGUAUAUGGAAAAAAAGGUCUAUUUUUUGGCUUUUUGGCAAUAAAAUGUGGUAAGAUUGUUUCCUUUGAUAAACUCCAGAUGAAGUUGG